CGGCGUCAGAGGUGGGGGAGUAGAGAGAGACAUGCGCGCUCAUUCACUCUCUUUCUUGGAGUGGUAACAUUACCAUUGCACUGAAGUUGGAAUGGAACUUGGAUUUAAUGAUUUCUUGCGAUUGUCUUCUUAACAAUUAAACAUCUCACUUAAAAAUGAAGCGACUUCGCCUCUGGUGUCCAGUUUUAGCCGCUGCUUACUUGUUAGGAGUGGCACUCAGUCAGCCCACCAUCGGUCCCUCGUUUACAAACACUACAGACAACGGUAACUCUUCAUUGACCACCGUCCUUCCUCCUGCCUGCAGUGCUGUGAACACUUCAGCCUGUGUGGCAUGCGCCCCAGGAACCCACUACAGCAAUGAGACUCUGAACUGUUCGUGUUGUCCAGCCUCUGGCCUCUGUGUAUCUCAGGGAGACUGUCUGCCCUGCCCCCGAGGGCACUACCAGUCUCUAGCAGCCCAGGAGCUAUGCUUGCCCUGUGCACAGGGCUUCUACACAAAUUCAACAGGAAGUCCGGUGUGUCGGUCCUGUCAGCCGGGCUCUUACACUAACGCCACUGGGACCGCUGUGUGCAAACGGUGUGCAUCAGGUUAUUACACAUCUCGGGAAAAUGCGACCUCGUGUGAGCCUUGCCCAAAGGAGACAUUCUGCAACACUUCAGGCUGUGUGCGGUGCUGGGGAUGUCCUCUUGGGAAGGAGUCUCUGCAGAUCGCCUCUACAGAGUGCACACCGUGCCGGCCAGGUAUGCACAGGGGUCCCGAGGAGAGCAUGUGCCGGAUCUGCAGUGUCGGCUAUUACCAGAUCAAGUGGGGGCAGGAGAAAUGCGACAUCUGCCCCAAGGAACACUACUGCCCUAGCCCUGACGUGAAUCCGAUCAAGUGUCCGAACGAUGCCUUCUGUCCUGAGGGCAGCACCUCGCCUGGAUACUGCAUGGAGACCUUCUUCAGGAAGUCCGGAGAGACGUGCGAGCUGGCACCCGUCACCAUCACCCUGCUGGUCAUUGCAGCCGGGAUGGCGCUCCUGUUUGUGAUCCUGCUGGUCCUGAGGCGGAGGAAGGAGUCCGAUGCCGAGCUGGCCGUGUCGCGGGCCCCGCUGCUGCGUAAGGCUCAGUCCCCGGGACGUGUGUAUGGCAUGGCCUGGGACGCAGAGCCUGUCUACGCUGGCUGGUAGAAUGUGCAAUGCGUUCUCCAAGCUCUGGAGCAUUUUUCUAUCAAAAUAAAAAAAACUGUUAAGAUCUCUUCCGAAUGCCUGGAACAUAUUGACAGCCACUGACACCCACCAGUGAACCCGGAAGAGAUUUUCUUUGUGAAUUUUUUUAUUUGCAGUAAGAGAGCAGACUGUCUAAACGUUAGUGUUAUGUUUUUGUUUACUGCUCUGUAAGUGGGUUGCAUUCUCAACCCGUUCUUUUUUGUACAGUAUUUGUUUUUUUACACUGACUUUGCACUGAAAUACCACUCAAGUCUUAAUCGUGCCAGAUAUGAACAUUGUUUUCUGGGAAUGUUAUUGCUUGAAGCAAUGGUUUCAAGGCGUUCCGGUCAAGAAGAACCUUGUUUUUGCAGAGUUCCUGACUUUUAAAAGUGCUUGCCUCCAUUAUUUUUGAUCUUCUUACAUCCAAGAGCUGCAGUCUCAAAGCUGUGUGUUUGAACAGCUGAUAAGAAUAUAUUUUGUGCUUGACUUUCAACAUGGCAUGCCUGUUUAUUUUUCAGCAAUAUAGAUGUAAUCCAUAAUAUACCUCUCUUUAAAAGGAAAUAAAACUAUGCUUGUAUGGGAUGAGGUACUGUCCCCUUUGUAAAAUAAUUUCACUAAUUUAAGAACUGGAUUACGGUUGAAUCACUGGCUCCUAUUUUCUCUAGAAGCAUAUUAUUAUUUUUCCUCUUGGCUAUAGUUGUAAAUAUUCUGCAUGUGUUUUGUCCAAACACUGACACGAUACACUCAUAGAGAAAUUGUAUUUAAUUUACACUUCUCCCUUGUUUGUGAUUAAUUUGAGAGUAAGUAUUUAUUUAGUACUUUUCAGACUUUAUUACCCCUGCAGGGAUGUGUCGAAUGUAGACUUCUGCUUUUUCUUUGUAAGUUAUUGAAUUACCAAUGAAAUGAAUAUAUGGAGGCGCCUGUCCAUCCAGAUGUCACCUUCACUUUUAAUGUUAUUUUUCUGUACAAAUGAUUGAGAGUACCACAGUGUAAUACAUACACGCUGGUGUUCUGCCUUCUGUAAGCUAUACACUUGAUACACUUGUUAUGGAUUCUGUCCUGUUUUGUCUCCUGUUGCAUUGUGGUUAAGAUGCUCGGUUCAUGCCCAGCCUUCGCUCUAUUACAUUUACAACACAAAAUGCUAAAGCUCCUUAGCUGUUUAAGUUCAUUAAAACUUGAUUUUGUCUGUUUUUUUUCCUAAUGUGGCUCCAACCACACAUUUGUUACAAUGUUAAAUACAAUAAUUUUGAUUGUAAAUAAAAGCUAAUGAAUGUUG